GAAACACGGAAGUGAAGGAAGGAUCUUUAACCCGAUCGCUUCCAAAGGCUGACAGCACUUACACACCGACAUUAUGGGCACUUUAAAGGCCAUUGCUUCUGCAGGAUUCCGCUUUCACACUCUCUAUCGUCAGAAUUUGAUCCAGGUCAGUCGGAAUUUUGUCACCCCACCAUUCCAGAUCAGAGGCCUGGAUCACCUUGUUCUGACAGUAAAGAGCAUUGAAGACACCACGGCAUUUUACUCCCAAACAUUGGGGAUGGAAGUCAUUACUUUCAAGGGUAACCGCAAGGCACUGUCCUUUGGGAAUCAGAAAUUCAACUUGCACGAGGUUGGAAAAGAGUUUGAGCCGAAAGCACACAGGCCAACACCAGGAUCCAUAGACCUCUGUUUGAUUACCCAUACGCCGAUCAAUAAAGUGAUGGAACAUCUGAAAAAAUGCGGUGUUGCCGUUGAAGAAGGUCCCGUUGAACGAACGGGUGCAGUGGGUCCUAUCGUCUCGGUCUACUUCAGAGAUCCGGACAAUAAUCUCAUUGAGGUUUCCAAUUACCAUUCUGGACAAAAGUGAACACUCCAAUAAUUGGUUCUUUACGGGUAAACAAGGACUGUGGUACAAGUAUGUGCUGCUUCAAAUUGUUCUUGGGUGGCAAUAUGGAGUCUGAAUAAUAAUAAUAAGAAGAAGAUGAAAUAACUGCAUUUAC